UUCCCGGGCAUCGUCGCGCGCCCGACGGGGCCGUUCAGCGACUACGCCGAUUACAACUAUCAGACGCUCAAGUGCAACGUCGACCUGACCAGGGUGAUACAGAUCGGCAUGACCUUCUCGGACGCCAAGGGGAACAGGCCGAAGGGGAUCUCGACGUGGAGGUUCAAUUUCGGCUUCAACACUGGCAGGGAUCUUUACGCGCAGGACUCGAUUGAUGGCCUGCGCCACACGCGGGGCUUAGACCUGCAGAAACACAACACCCAGGGGAUUGACACUGCGCAGUUCGGGGAGCUGCUGAUGAGCUCUGGCCUCGUGCUGAACGAGGACGUCCGGUGGAUCACGUACUGCGGGAGCAACGGCUUCCACGAGCGGCCGCCCGAGGAC